AUGGUUCGGAUGACAACGCGUUGCUUGUGCAUCGUCGCAGUGCUCAUCGUAUUCAUACCACUCUAUCUUAUCCUGAAUCAUUCUGAUCAUGAUGAGAAUUCGUACGGUGUCAUUAUGGAUGCUGGUUCCACUGGUACUCGACUUUUCUUAUACACGUGGACAAGUAAUUCAGAUAAUGAACUAAUUGAGAUUGGUCCUGUAUUAGACCAUUCGAACAACCACGUUGUUAAAAAGGUUUAUCCAGGGCUUAGCUCAUUUCAAGAUCGUCCUGAAGAAGCUGCAGAUUAUGUGAAACCGCUGUUGGAUUAUGCUUCUCAAUUUAUACCUGUUGAGAAGUUGCCGUAUACACCAGUAUUCCUUUUGGCAACCGCUGGAAUGAGGCUAAUUCCAGAAGAACAACAAAUUGCCAUACUUACCAAUCUUCACACUAAACUACCUCAAAUGACUACAAUGCAGAUCAUGAAAGAGCAUAUUCGUGUUAUCGAAGGGAAAUGGGAAGGAAUUUACAGCUGGAUUGCGGUUAACUAUAUACUAGGCAAAUUCAAAGCCACCAAUAGUCCAAACACUUCACGUCCAGAUACCGUGGGUAUGAUCGAUAUGGGUGGAGCAAGUAUGCAAAUCGCUUUCGAGAUGUCACCAGGAGAUGACUUUCGAAGUAGUAAUGUAGAAAAUGUGAAUCUUGGUUGUCGCGAUGAUGAUGAUAGAUAUAAGUACAAGCUAUUUGUAACGACAUUUCUUGGUUAUGGUGUUAAUGAAGGUUUACGAAAAUAUGAGCAAGAAUUAAGUGAUCGUUUGCUGACUACUAACGGCACCUAUAUUCGAGACGAAUGUAUGCCAGUCAACUUGCAAAAAGUGAUCAAUCGAAGCGAUGGCUCGAUGUUCGUAAGGAAGGGAAUUGGUGACUGGGAUGGAUGCGUUAAACGUCUUGCCCAGCUUUUGAACAAUUUGGAGGCGGCACGGCCAAAAUCACUUUGCAAGCCGAACUGCUUUUUCGGAAACGUUGCUGCUCCUAUGGUCAUUUCUAUCGUCUCUCAGCUAUUGUUUGCUAUCGCUUGGUGGACAUUACAAUCAUACCCUUAUCGCCGAAAAGUCGAAACAUUUUUGCUCGCUGCUGCACGUCGAAAAUUGUACCCAAAAUCCAACGAAGAUCGCUUAAAAAGUCAGUGUUUCAAAUCGGCAUGGAUAACGGCGAUCCUACACGAUGGCUUUGAUGUGGAUAGAGAGCACAAUAAUUUCCAGAGCGCCUUCAACAUUGCUGGGCAAGAAGUUCAAUGGGCACUUGGUGCAAUGAUAUACCACAUGCGAUAUUUCCCAUUACGAAACAGUGCUACGAAUCUCGUCAUCACCAGGCACGCAUCCGAUUCUUCACUACCGUUUUCGUUUAAUAUUAAAGUUGGAAUGAGGCGGAAUCGCUCCAUUUGGAGCUAUAUGAUGAUGAAUCCAAGUGACACAUCCAGUUUUUCAUCCCUUCGUUCGGUUGCUUAUGGAUAA